CGGUAAAAUCCGAGGAGCUUUUCGGCGUCCUUAGUUGUCACACAUGGCGGGUUACUGUCAAAAGUAAAAGGGACCUUAAUAUAACACUCUCCCUUUGGUUUCUAACUUUCGUUCAAAGUUGAAAUGGAAUAUUUUUGACAAAAUGUCAGUUCUUCAGGUGUACUUGAACUGGGUAAACUCAGUCCUGAGUGAUGUUGGGGGUACUCCAUGUAGCGGAGUGACCACUGUCCAGGAAGGCAGGAUUGUGUGUCAGCUCAUCGACAAACUUUGUCCUAGUGUCACUCUUCAACAAAAUGUUAGGAACUCAGGGAACACGACACCUCAGAGAUAUCUGCGUGCUGCUCUUGACCACAUGCGUAGUCAUGGAAUUAAAUUCCAUUUUACACCACAAGACUGGAAGAAAUGGGAGAAGAAUAUACUGGAUGGAGACAUAAAGUCGAUCUUGGAUGUUUUAUGGCUUAUCAUAUUGAACUAUUCAGUUCAUUCUAUAGGUAGCAGUCCAUACCAGAGGAGUGUUGGUAUUGGCAAGAAGUUACUGCUGGACUGGUGUCAGCGAGAACUGCAAGUCCAGUUUGAUCCCCAAAACUCACUCACAUACAAUUUAUGUACUGGGGAUUGGUUUCUGAAACUUCUGACUAAAAAUUCUGACAAACCACUAAAUGAGGAUAUAGAAAGAGAAGAAAACUUGAAGACUCAGCUUUUGGCAAUAGAACGUAAAUACGGAAUAAAAGAUAACCUCAUCAAGCCAUCAGACAUUACUGAAGGUACAAUAGAUGAGCACACUUUGAUGAUAUACAUCUCUCUCUUAAGACUGAAGAUUGGAGAUUCUGUUGAUGUACCUUUGAAAUCUCCUCGAGAAUUAUCAUUUCAGCCUGUAGAGAAUUCUGCCACAGAUGAUACUACAUCUAGUGGUAAAACUCAAGAAGUACCCGCCAUUGUGUUUUCAGAAGCCAAAUCUCCUAGUCCAGAAACUGACAUAGAUCCAGUCCAAAUAUUCACCACUCCACCACAGUCUGUUUCGCCAGAUUCUUCACCUACGCAAUCACCGCCACGGAAACGAUCGCCGGAGGGAUCGGAAACUUCUGAUUGGAUGUCCCAGUCAUCUGGUUCACCAAUGUCAUCACUUCAUGAUAAACUUUAUGAACAAAAAUCCCCUGAAUUGCCUGCAGAGGCAGAAACUGUGAUAAAACAAACUAUAAGUCAGCAUGUUGAGGGACAUAUAACUCCUUCUGAAGACGGCAUGCAAAAAGAUUCUAGUAAACAUAGUAGUAGAAUUCCAGUAAGAGUAAAAGACGGUGAUGAAUCACAUAGAUCUGUCAGUAGUCCUGGAAGAAUAGAAGGUGAUAAAGAUAAAACUGUGACUAGAAAAAUUAGUAUUAAAGUUCAGAGGCCUAGAAGUCCUAACAGUAUUAUGGCUGAGGCAAGGGCUCGGCAAGAGCAGGAGAGAGAGAGAAAGCGAAAGGAAAAAGAGGAACUAGAUAGAAAGAGGAGAGAAGAGAAAGAUGAGCCUGUAAUGACAGGCAGUGCGAGUGAAGCUGACAUUUCUGAAACUGGAACUAGGGUAAAAUAUUCUUUUGAAACUGAUCCAGUAAAAUCUGAUGAUGAUGAUAUAGUGAAAGAUAGACCUAAAGGUACUAGUGUUAGUGUUAAUUUACCAAAUUCAGUACAAAUGAAUGGAGAAAUUCAUGAUGGAGUACCUGUUUUUGUAAUGCCUGGACAAAAACAUGAUAUGGAAUUAUUGUUAGAAGCAUUAAGGCAUGCUAGAACUGAAGCAAGUGUACAAGAUCAGUUAAUACAGAAUGCACCAGCUGAUCAGCCAGAUUUUCGCCAUGUUGUGGAUAAGAAUAUAGAACAGUUAGAGGCGCAGUUAGCUGCUGUGAAAGCUCAGUCUAAAGAGUUAUUUGAGGAUCGCAGCAGAAAACAAGAAAUGGAAAGAGGAAGGGCAUCAGCCAGAGAGCCACAUAGAGCACGCAGAGGUGAAGGGCACAGCCCACCUCGGGGAAUUCUUGAUGUCAUGGUCAAUCAAAAUGUACAACCACAGGAGACAAGUCCUAAAGAGAGAAUGUAUGAUGAAAGUAGAAGCACACCCCCAGGUAUAUUACGUAAUCGAGGCCGGUCCCCAACAGAUCAUGUUCGUAGGUUGACCGAAGAUGGAAGGUCAAGAGGUGAAUCAUAUAGUCCUGACAAACACAGGUCGUCACCAUAUCAGAAUGGAACUGAUGGGGAUGAUGCAGACAAAAGAUUAAUUAAAUUUUUAACAAAUGAGAUUGAAAAUAUGAAAUUGAAGAUGUCAGUGCUGGAGCAGAAAAACCAACAAAGAUCUCAGAGUCCUUAUGGAAUGGGCCCAAGGAUAACUGGUGGCUUACCAGAAAGGGAUAGAAGUCCUGCCCAGAUUAGUUCUCGAGCCAGGGCUAGAUUUUCUGAUUCUGAUGGUAACUUAGGAAGUUAUUCUCCAGCCAGAAGGACAAGAUCAACAGAUAUGAUAGAAGAGUUAAGGUCAAGGUCACCUAGAUUUGAUAGUCCAGGAAGGUCUCCUUCAAGGUCACCUAGAUUUGAUAGUCCAGGAAGGUCAUCUUCAAGGUCACCUAGAUUCGAUAGUCCAGGAAGGUCAUCUUCAAGGUCUCCUGCACGCUCACCAGUCGGUAUGUACAGAUCUCGUACUCCUGAUAGAAUUUCAUCAAGGGAGAGAAUUCGACCAAUAUCACCUUCUGCUAGAGUGUUAAGUUUGCAAGAUUUGUCUACCUCUAUUAAUGAUGAUCUUGAUGGAAACUUGACGUUUUCUCCAGCAAGUGGUUCAAAACCGGUCAGUCUCGGAUAUAGUAGCCCUAUUAGAAAAGUGAAUGAUGAAAUUUGGGGCUAUGGACAAACUGAUGAUGAUUAUUAUGCUGACACUGCCAAAUAUGAAGGAUGGAAGCAAUUAAUUUCACGCGAAGCAGUGACAGAUGAAGAUAGUUUAGAACUCAAACAAGCUUUAGCUUCCUCUUUAGUAGAACUUAAUAUACUACAGGCUAAAUUAAAAAAUGCCAAUUCUGAUAUAAAAGGAAAGAUGAGUAAAACAACAGAGGUGUUGAAUGAUUGCCGUGCACAGAUAUCUACAUCGCAAGCUGAGAAUGCAGAGUUGCGUGGACAGUUGGAACGUGAGAAGCAGAACAGGGAAACACAGGAAGCGCGGCUGAAGGACAUGGAACAGAACCUUCACAGUGCCAAAACUAACCAGGAUGAUAAAAAACUGGAGCUUGAGGAAUCUGUCAUCACACUAAAAGGAAUAGUGAACCUGGAUAAGAACCAGAUGAGUCAACUUGAGGAUGAAAAUGACAAACUCAGGAAGAAAAUCUCGGAAUUCCAGCGUGAAAACAUCAAACUUAAAGAGAUUUCUUCGUGUUGUAUACAGGACUUCAACGAGUUAAAGAUGUACAAUGACAAAGCUCAGCAGACAAUAAAAGACCUGAAGUCUUGUCUAGAGGAUGCUAGAACUGAGAGAAAUCAGAUGGUUGGGGAAAUUAAGAAACUGAAAGACCAGAGCAAGAAUAACGCUGUCUCGUCUAUCAUUAACAACUAUAUGGAGAAGGGAUUAUAUGAGGAUGCAGAAAAAGAUCAUGUAGCUGAUCGAGACAGAUCAAGGUCAAGGUCACCAAAUAGAUUUAUUCAGCCAAGGAGUGUGUCACCUGUGUUCUCAAGGCCAGUUACACCGGUACGGACAUCCAGUCCGGUGAGGAUGUCAGAUCAUAGCUACACAGUGUCUGCCUACACCCCAGGGUCAAGGUCCCAGACUCCAACACCCUGUUCUUUCAGCUAUGAAGAUAUUUCACCUGAUGGUCAUGAAAUAUAUCCUCAUAGGAGAACAAGGUCAUAUGUACAAAAAUUUGGUGCACAGGAUGUGUCUUCAUCACAGGUUGACCUGAAUGACCCAGAAAUAGCAGAAUUGCUGAAACCCAAAACGAGGCUAACGUAUGAUCUGGAUGAUAACCUUGAGAAUGGUCCUCAAGCUAAACGCAAAUUACUUUACAGUCCGUAUAUGGACAAGGACUUUGUUCCAAGGAGUAAUCAGAAUGGUUAUAUUGAAAAAGACACUAAUUAUGAACAAGAGAGUUUACUUUUAAAGAAAGAAACUAGUCAUAGGAAGUCUGAAGUUGAAGAAGAAUGGGAGAGUAGGAAAUUUAUCGAUGCCUUAGAUCAUGCCGUUACACAAACCCCUGCACAAUUAGCACAGCAGCGCUUCCUGCAAGGUCUCUCCUCAACUGGAGAUGACACCACCAGGUGGAGAAGUCCUUCUAAGGGUAUACUGAAAAACACAAAGAGUGCCCAGAAUAUGUCCAUUAAGGAGAAUAUCUCACCUAGCAGACGGUCAUUUGAGUCAAGGUCAUAUUCACCUUCAGUAAGGUCACCUUUGGGGUACACCACAGGAAAACCUGCUUCAAGAUCAUAUACACCUGAACCCUCCUCAACAAAGUCAUAUAACCCUACAAGGUCAUACAGCAACACUGCCCAGACAAGGUCAUAUUCUCCAAACAACAGAAAUAGGUCACAAUCACCUAGAACUGUAGGUCAAAGGUCGUAUUCACCUGGAAAUAGAUCAUCUUCCCCUGGAUACAAAGGGAGCACAACAAAGGACAGCGGAUACAGUACACCAACCCAGCCAAUGAGAUACAGGUCUUCAGUUGUCAAUGACAACAGAGAUUACAGUCGACCUAGAACUCCGACCUCUUCUAGAUCACAUGCAGAAAAGAAGAGUGGCUUACUGUCAGAUGAAGAAAGACGGUACGCUGAUCUGUUGAUCGACAAAUAUACCAGGCAACAUAUUAUUGGCAUCCCUUUAGUCUCUAGCUAGCCUAUAGUUUGUCUUAACUCUAGCGAUGAUGUGAUCAAUGUGCAGGAAUGCUAUGCAGAAAGCCAUAAACUCAAACCAACUGACCUCUGGUGCUGACCUUGACCUUUAGGGUAACCAUAGCAACCAACUAAACAGGCAGCAAUAUACCAUACCAGCCAUUUUUUUGUGACAUUGUGAAGGAGAAUUUCUAUGCACCUAUUUGGUUGAAUGUGUUUUUAAUUGUGGCCAAUAAGUUUGAAAUAUUACCCUGUAAAUUGUGGUAAAACACAUGCACUGUAUUGUCAAUUAUACCCAUAUCAGUAUGCUAGAACUGUAAGUCUUCUCUUUUUGCAACAUGCAGUAGAGUUGUUUUUCUUGCUGAACAGAUAAAAUUGUUAGGAAAAAUACAUGAAUGAUAGCAAGGAUUUUUUUUUUUACACUAGAUCAUCAUUACAUUUUGAUGGUAUAAAAUCAUAUGCUUUUGAUUAAAAGUGUUACUCCAUUGGGACAUUAAUUCAGGGUUUUCAGAGUUUAGAAAAAUAAGUUAAAGUGGAGGUCUUCUUUUGCUUUAUUUUUUUGUUGGAAAUUAUGUAUAGAUCAGCAAACAUAAGAUCACAGAAAAUUAGUCCACAGUGAAAAAUAAUAACAGUAUCAGUAUAUUUUCUAAAGAGAGUGCACAAAUAUUUUGAUGUAGUGAUGUCAGUUUUGCACAUUUUGUGCCAUUAGUUUUCUCUUCAUAAUGAGUGUGAACUACAUUUUUAUUUCUUUUUAAUAUAGGAAAUACGAAUAUGAAGGUUAGAAAGUUACAGUUUUGUAUUAGGUCAAAAUGAAGGGGGACUGUUAUUGAAUAGAGUUUUUUUAUAUAAAUGACAAAAAUUAGGUCAUAUAUCUUGUAGUUUGAUAUAGCUUGACAGGUUACAUUGUACAUAUAUGUUGCAGUUAAUUUAUUACCUACUCAAAACACCUGUUUUAUUAUUGUUCUGGUAACUACAUGUAUGUUAAUAGACUGAGUUAUUGAAAAAAAAAUUAACAAAAAAACAAAAACCUUCCUUUUUGCAAAUUAUUUUUGUGAUGAGGAGUCACUCCAUUCUUCAUGAAGCUGUUAUGGUGUUAGAAGACUUCAAAAGAAUGUAUAAAACAUGUCAUGGCUGUUGAUUAUUUAUUUUUUUCAAGAAGUUUGUUGUUUUUUCAACGCACAUUUAUUGCAAACCAUAGUGUCCAAACAGAUUUUUGUCUUGUUAAUGACAGUAUAUUCGUGUGUUUUUAUUUUGUUUGUUUUUUAUUACGAUAUGGACUAUUUAUUUGUAGAGUAUAUAAGAUUUUAGCGUAGAUCUUGAGAUUGUAGAUUAUUUACAGACUUUAUCUGUUGUUAAAUGGUCCGUCCACAAAGCACAUGUGAUCUUUGUUUACUGCACUUAUUGACUGUGAUAUAUUUUAUGAAUAUUUAUAAGGUGUUUUACCAUAGUUUGAAUAAGUUAAUUGGUAAGGAUUUUAGAUUGUAAGAGAAUUCUGCCAAUAAACUCCCAGGUAUCGAAAUGUCUAUGACUGGUUGUAGUAACUAGUUAAAGGCAUACACUCAGCAUUUGAGCUGUGCCAGGAGAAAACCAACAUAGUGGGUUUGCGACCAGCAUGGAUCCAGACCAGCCUGCGCGUCCGCGCAGUCUGGUCAGGAUCCAUGCUGUUCACUUUCAAAGCCUUUUGCAAUUAGAGAACCCGUUAGUGAACAGCAUGGAAACUGACCAGACUGCGCGGAUGCGCAGGCUGGUCUGGAUCCAUGCUGGUCGCAAAGCCAAUAUGUUGGUUUUCUCAUGGCACGGCUCAUUUUAUUGUUCCUCAAAGUUCAUAUGGCCUAUAUAAUGCUCAAAUUAAAGAAUUUCUGAUGACUGAUAGAUCUGAAGUUAUGAUGUUUAUGUGUCAAAUAAUUGACUAUGUGAUAAUCAAUUUAUGUUUUAAAUUGUCAGAGUGAAAGGAAUUUAACUGUCAAGUUUUAGGCAAAAAGGCAAACUGAUCCCUAUAGUAUUGUAAUGAGUGUACAACAAUUUCAUUCAUGUAACCCUUGCUGUCAAACAACAGUGUGUCGGUAGAUAAAAUGGUCUAUGUCUAUAUAUGCUGAUCUGUUCCUAUUUACUUUGACUGUAUAUUUUAUGGGAAGAUGGAAGACUUUCACAAAGUAGCUCAAAAAACAAGAGACGUACAUAUUAAUGUAAAUUUUGAAAUAUGGUGUUGAAUUUAUCGCUGACAACAGUUAAACAACUUUUUAGGUGAUCUGUUUUCUUAAUUACAGCAUUGUAAUAUUUGAUUGAUGAGAGAAAUAUUUCCUUGUCGCAUACGUACCAGAUUUUUAUUGUUGAUAACUCGGCAACCACAUAGUACUGUAAGGCUUUUGUUUACAUGAAAAGUGUUUUAUUUAAUUCCAGACAUUGACAUUUUCACAAUUUCGUGGUUGUUUCAUGUGAAAAUUCGGUACAGCUCUGGUAAAGAAUUACUGUAGAACAAAAAGGUUGAAGGGGUAUUACUGCCCUUUUCCUAAUAUACCUACUUCAUUUACUAAGAAAAAAAUACCAGUUUGAUGUCAGAUAUACUCUGUUGGACUUUAUUCUUAUACUGCUUUUAAAGAUUUUUGAAAAAAAAUGUUACUCUUGAAAAAUAGGUUUUUCAAACAGAUCAAGGUCUUGCCGUUUAUGUCUGACAGAGGAAUUUCAAUACACUUUAUUUUUUAGACAAUUCAAGAAAUUAAUAUGUAGCGAAGCAUUUCUGGGAUAUUAUUUACUGUGUGGCUGUAAUUGAAUAUUGUUUAGGAAUUAAUUAGCCUUGCCUUUCAACACUGAAUCGUGACUUACAUAACUGUACCGCAUAUCAAAACAAACAUUACCUGCCUAAACUUAAUUUGCUUGUUUACAUUUUUUGAAGCCUGUUGUAAUUAAGUAUAGAUUGAUUACUCCAGGUCCAUGCACAUUUGGUGUCAUUUUCACUGGAAAAAGUGUCAUUACUUAGAUAUAUAGGGUCCACAUUGUCUUCACAGUUUAAUGUCAUCAAUAUUUUGGCAGCCGUUUCACUGGCAAGAAAAAACAAGAAAAAACUGCUUUUCUUUAAAUCACACAUUGUUAAAGUAUGCUUUCAUUUGGCUUUCAAAAAUAUAUGCAAGAUUUUUUACUUUGAUAGAAAGUAUGUUUUUUUUUUCCUUGAAAAGAUUCUGAUGUUUAAUAGAAUAUAGUAGUAUCUGUGUGUCACAAAUUUGGUACAGAAAUUUUCUAAAAGGUCAGUAGAGGUUUGAAUUUUUAUUCUUUUAGGUCAAACAUUCUUUUGAGUAUGUGAAUGUAAUAUUAUUUUAAACUAGAAUAGUCACAUCAUUAUCAAAAAUAAAAUAAAUAAAUAAUGUCUGGCUCCAUCCACUACAUUUGAUACUAGAUUUUAAAUAUAAAACAAAUUAUAACUGAAAAAUAUAUUCUUGGCCAAGUAUUUAAUAUAUAUGAGUUGUUGGUUGUACUAUUUUACUUCAUUUAUGAAAGUCUGAAUUUAUUAUUGUAUAUGUAUAAUAUAUGUUCACUCAUAGGAAUUUCUGUUUAUUGCCCUAUUAUUUAUAUAUGUAGAAGGAUUGAAGUGUAAUUUGACACAAAUCUAGAUAUUUAAUAUGAAGGACUUCUGUUAUGCUCCAAAACCAUAUUUAUAGGCUCCACAAGGUAAUUGAGAAAUGUAUAAAAUAUUAAGCUAGAAUAUAAAUAGAAAAAUAUAGUUCUGCUUAGUAUAAAUUAUUGAAGGUUACUGUGUUGGUGUGCCGUAAAACCCAAAUAAAUACAGUUAUAGAAGUAAGUAACAUACAAGUUGUAUUUUAUAGCAAUUAUUUUCAUAUGUUAUAUGGAAGUCAUGCUUCUAUAAGCUUGUAUGAUAAAUUAUGGACAUUUUGGUUGAAUACACAAGUUACGGACAUUAUGUAUGCUUUGCUUGUUUUGGAUGUAACAGUAUUUAUAGCUUGCAAACCUGUUAUUAACUCGUUUAUAGAGUACUAUUUUUCUUAUUGCAUCUAUACACAUUAGAAAAUAAAUUGUUUGAUGAAAAUUCA